AUGCUCUCGCGAAAUCACGUUUGGCAUCAGGAGUAUGGCAAGGUAGUUUCGUAUUUAGCAUUGUUGAGUGUGUCAGCAUUUGCCUUACAAGACACGUCAGGAGACAAUCUCGCAGUCGGAGCAGCAGUAUUGGACAAUGAACCUAGCCACAAAUCGAAUGGAAAGUUGGGUGUCAAACUCAUUGAAGACGAGGACAACCACCCAACUCCGAACAAUUUGAAACAACCCUUGAAUCCACACAGUAGUUCGAAUAAUUACGGAAGUGCUGCAGCUGCAGCUGCAGCGAUUCCAGAUCAAAGUUCUGAAGGUGAUCAACCUGAUACGCCAUCUUAUAACGCGUUUCUCAUGUCGAUCUCGAUGAUCGUGGUCUCUGAGAUUGGUGACAAGACAUUUUUGAUUGCGGCAUUGAUGGCGAUGAGAAAUUCGAGACUUGUUGUGUUUUCAUCGGCAUUCUCAUCAUUGGUCGUGAUGACUGUGCUAUCAGGUAUAGUCGGGCAUGCUUUGCCUACUUUGAUCUCACAAAGGAUAACCCAGUUUUUGGCAUCGGCAUUAUUCAUUAUCUUUGGUUUCAAGCUAUUGAAAGAAGGGCUUGCGAUGUCUAAAGAGUUGGGCGUUGACGAAGAACUCGCGGAGGUGGAGGAAGAGAUUGCUUCGAAUAAAUUGAACAGCCAGUUAAAUGAUAUGGAAGGCGGCGUCCCUGCAGUAACAGGAAGUCCGCAGACUUCAAAAUUAGGAGAAAUUGGUCAGCAAAUUCAGAAUUUGGCAUCUUUUGUAUUCACUCCUGUAUGGAUCCAAGUGUUUGUUAUGACAUUCUUGGGUGAAUGGGGAGAUAGGUCGCAAAUUGCCACGAUUGCAAUGGCUGCUGGUUCGGAAUACUGGUUCGUCAUUAUGGGUGCCAUUGUGGGACACGGGUUGUGUACUGCGGCUGCUUGUUUAGGUGGUAAGCUUUUAGCGAAAAAAAUUUCAAUGAGAAACGUUACACUGGGUGGAGCUGUUGCUUUCUUUGUAUUUGCAAUCUUAUACUUUUACGACGCCUACUACAACGUUGAAGCAUAA